AGCCAGAGACAGUUCAUCUGUGAUCCACUUCACUCGGCUUGUUCUCACCGGAAUAACACACGCAGGGGUGCAACAGAUGGCUUAUGAAGCCCCAGAUCUCAGCAGGAGGAGAUGUUGAAGACCUCACAGUGGAAUCUCUCCCUCCUCUUGAGAUGUUGGACUCUGUUUGAAGAUGGCGGCUCCCAGUUUUUGUCAUCUCUUGGCUGUGCUCCUCAUCACGCUGCCCCACACCUCGUACAGCUCUGAGAUCUCAUCUGAAAAUGCCAAAAAGUGUCUGAUCCGGUCUUCCCCCUUGCUUGACUCCAAGCAAGACCAAGAUAUGGGACUUCUGGACAGCAGCCAACAACAGAGACACUUGCCACGUAAAGACAGGGAUAGUGUUGGGGUUCAAUCGCAAAGGCCACUGGAUCGACCGGAGGAUGAUGGGACAAGUCUGGAGGGUCUGAGCCCUGUAAGGCUGGAGAUGGGGCCUGGGGACCGUAUGAGGACGGAGGUUCAUGAGGAGGUCAGGGGUCCUGCUCAUAUGCAGCUGGGAAAUUAUCCGCCAGAGGGAGACUUAAAUCGUAAAGGCAGGAAACAUGGUCACAGGCAUCAGGCUGAUCACAGAAAGCAGGGAGGCAAAAAAGACAAAGGUCGAGUUAAAGGGGAUCUCUAUGACCCUGAACCAGAAUUAGGCACCUUGUUGAAGGAUAUGAAUGCAUUUGAGGAUGGUUUUUACACCUCCCCGCCCAGUCACGACAAUGCCCCACUGACUGAAGCUCCCUCCCAUCUCUUCCCCAUUUUGGUAACCACGGCAAUCAACGAGCAUCCCCCAACGCUGUCCCCAGCCUCCACCAAACCCCAGGUACCCUGGCAAGCAGAAGCAUCCUUGAGUAUGAAGAAGUCGGCUCGAGGGAAGGCUCAAGGGGAGGUGAUGCCGACUCUGGACAUGGCCCUCUUUGACUGGACAGAUUAUGAGGAUAUGAAGCCUGAAGACAGCUGGUCAUCCAACAAAAGAAAAGAUAAACGUCGUGGCAAAAACAACAGUAAUGGGAACGCAACGCUUGAUGCUGAUGUCAUUGACCCAUGUGACCAUCAUCUCGACUGCCUCCCUGGUUCCUGUUGUGAUCUGAGAGAGCAUGAGUGCAAACCUCACAAUCGCGGCCUAAACAACAAGUGUUAUGAUGACUGCAUGUGUGAGGAGGGUCUGCGUUGCUAUGCCAAGUUCCACCGCAAGAGGAGAGUGACCCGAAGACGGGGCCGCUGUGUGGAGCCAGAAUCAGCCAACAACAACCAAGGAGCCUUCAUCACCAUCUGACAUAUAGAGAGAAACCCUAUGACUGAUGAUGGACUGAGCUCUGAAGAAUGUGGGUCAACAUUAAACACAGUAUAAAUGAACAUACACUGUUCAUCUUUCUGUCAGGGUUGUGCACCAUUCAGAAAUACAUUUAGAAUGGCUUUCAAAGUCUUGAAUUUGAAUUAAGGUAGCAAUCGGUACACAUAAUUGUAAUUUGAAACAAAAUGUGGAAUUGUAUUUUUCAGUUUGAAUUAACCAUCAAUGUUUUCACAAACAAUAUAUGGGAUAUUUCUAGAAACACUAGAUGAUAUUAAUAAUACAAUUUUGAAAUGCCACCUAUUAAAAUCAAAUUACUUUUUUGGACCAUGGAAUUAAUCAAAGCCAACUAAUGGACCACUGAAUUUUCUAAUGUACUUUAAUUAUUAGUACACUUGUUUGGAUAACCUCAAUAUAUUAUGAAAUUGAUAGAUUCACAUUUGGACAGUAUUUAUUUUUUAUAAAAUUAUUUUUUGUUGUGAUGCAGGGUGGCAUAAUUAAAAUCUGAAAAAAAAAAACUGCAAAAACACCUCCCCCCUAAAAUUUUGCGAAACUUCGACUGAAAUGAACACCAGAAGUGGUAAAAUGGUAGUUAUUUUCAAAAUGAUGGCUGUGGGGACAGAUUUUCUAUUAACAAACAAAUAUUUUUGUUUGGUUCCUUGAACAAUAUUAUAGCAUAACCUCAAAAAUGCUUUUACCAUAGCACAUGAUUUGUAAAUAAAUACAUUUUGACACUGGCAUCACAAAAUCAGCUCAUAUGUAUGGCUUUUCUAACGUAGUAAACUUGCUCCGUAUCUCACCCGGUACAACACUGCACUUUGCGCUGCAGAACACUCAGCUCUGAGUGAUGAAUCUCAAGGAAGCCGAUUCUGGAAGUAUGUCUGAAUGGAAGGUUUUUUUACUGAUAAUUGUUUUACUACUGUCAAUAACUACUGCUAACUCCUGUAUUGAUGGAUAUUGAUUUGUUUUUUAUUUGUAAUAUAUGCUUUAUUUAUUCAAGUACCAAACAGCUUCUUUUAUUGAGAGAUGCUAUCAUGGACAGGGAAUGUGCUCUUCUUUAACAACUGCAGACAGAAAGAUGGAUGCUUGAAUGAGAGAUUGUUACCUGUUUGGGUUAGAGGGAUAGAGAUGGACAAAGGAGAUCGAGGGGAGAAAUGGAUGACUCGUCAGUUUAAAUCACAGAGCUUCUUUUUGGUCUGACAAACCUCUCUUUCCCGUCACUUGUUUGAACUGUUUAUUAGACUUUUUAUGUUAGUGGGGCUGUAGAUAGAUUUAGGCUUAUUAAAGUUUUUUUUUGCUGUGA